GUACUUGCCCAAUAUUCCCACUUUCAAAGUGGCAUAAAUUUGCAUAAAUCGUGUCAAACUGUGAUUAUUACAUAGAACACUAUUUCAAAAAAAACACCAAAGUUCUUCUAAUAAUCUAAUAAUCCUCACACACAUUUUAUGGAAAUUUUUUGUGAUUUAAUCAUAUUCCGAAACUGUCUGAGCCUUCAGGGAACAAAAAACUCAACAAAAGGGAACUAUAUAAUACCCGUCAAUUUCAGUACCUUCACUCCACAUGUCGUUCUCCAUACUUCUCCUUGCUCUCCUGGUGAGCAGUGUCGCUGCGGAUUUUUCGCCGAGCUUCCGCAGCUUUAUCAAUUCAACAUAUGGGCCUGAGAUGCUAGCUGCAUUGGCUAGAACUGAUAUCGGAGACAUUGGAAGCUAUGGAGGAGGAAGUCAUGUUGGAAAUAGUGCAACUAGCAAACGCCCGAUCAUCCUAGUCCAUGGAGCAACCAACACCGCUGCAUCCUUCGCCCUUCAGAGAGAUUACUUCAUGAGCCAUGGCUGGAGCGCUGAAACCGUCUAUGGCACAACUUAUGGUGAUGGUGGAGUGACUGACGUUUUGCACGUCAAGAUGCUCUGCGAAUAUGUUCAACAAGUCAGAAAUAUGAUUGAAGUGGUCCAUGCAUUCACUCAACAGAAAGUUGACGUUGUUGACUGGGAUCCCCGAUUGCUAGGAAGGCGAUUCUAGGUGGAACUUGUGUGGAUGAUUAUGACGUAGAUCUUGGAGACAGCUUGACUAGUAUUGUGGAGACUUAUGUUUCUGUUGCUGGAGCCAAUAGAGGCUCAGGAUUUUGUGUCGCUCCUACCUUCACCAGCUUUCUUGCACCAACCUGCAACCGUGUCAACGGACUAUGGUGUGCUUCAAGAUUCAUAAAAGAUAUCAACGAGGAAACUCACUACGAGGGCUCCAAGGUUUUCUCGAUCUACGGACGAAAUGACGACAAGGUGAUGUUCAGCAACCUCUGUUGGUCUCGCAGCUCUCGAAUCAACGGAGCCGAUGGAGAAAUGGAUAACGCUCCGGGAAACCAUGACCAGAUUCUAUCUGGCACCGUUGAGAUUCAGACGCAACUUUUGGAACAUCAAAGUUUUUAAUUUAUUUGAUAAGACAUCAAACUAUGUAUGUGCGGAUUGAUAGUCUAUUGAAAUAAAAUAUUAUAGCUU